GUACAUUCCUACAUUCCUUUGUUUGGUUGGCCAUGCACGUAACAAACAACAACAUUCACAUAAUAAUUAUCAUCUCUGUUUUUUGAUACCCUUUUGUUUCAAAUCCAAAAACUAUAAUCAUUUGAUUCAGAUCACAUUUCAUUCUCCUGGUGAGUUUCCUUAUCUCUCUCAAGCUCCAUCAUUCAUUCAUUCAUGAUUCCAAUGUUCUUCUUAAUCUAGAUCAGCUCUGAUGUGUUGUUCUUGUUUCUAAAGAUCGAGUUUUUCGUAUUUCCCACAUUCAAUUUGGUUCUAACUUGUGCCGUUUUUCAAAUUUUCCAUUUUUCGGUGAUUCUUGUUUUUUCCAUGCCACGCGUUGUUCUGUUUGUUUACGCGUUUCACCUUGAUCUGAUGUGCUCGAUUUUGUUUUUGUUUUUUUCCCCCUUUUUGGCUUCAAGAAAAAAAAUCAAGGAUUUCUGUUCGGGAAGCAUUUGUUCGUUCGGCUGCGAAUGUGAGGUCGAAAUUUUUUUUUAGGUGUUAUUCUCUACACAAUAUGAGAGGCUCGGAUUUACAAAGCGAACUCGAUUCGCUUCUCUUACAAAAACAGCAAAACCGAGCUCCGAUUUUCGAGCGCGACUCGGAAAUCGACAACAGGUGCGGAAGCGCGCCCCCGACUGUCGAGGGUGCGUUAGCCUCGGCCACAAGCCUUUUCAACCAUCCCGACUUUGCGAAAAUCUACGAAACAGGAAACAACAUCAGUGCAACCUUAAGCGUUUUGUCUGAAGACGAAAUCCGGUCCCACCCGGCUUACUUAGAAUAUUAUUACUCGCACGAGAAUCUCAAUCCAAGGCUUCCACCACCAACUCUAUCAAAAGAAGAUUGGAGGGUCGCGCAGCGGAUUAGGGCCGCGUUUGGUUUGAGCGUAAAUUCGAGUGAUGUUAGUAGUAGUUUCGGCUCGUCUCUUUUUACGAUGCAGCCGGGUUUGGGUUCGUCUGUCAAAAAAAGCGACGAUGAGUUGAAGGAGCUGAGAAAAACGGCUUUAAGGAACUUAUCGAGGAAAAAUUCGGUCGAGUCGUUCGAGAAGAAUUUGAGCAGUUCGGGUUCGGGUAUGGGAGCUCGAAGGAAAAGCUUUGCUGAUAUAGUUCAGGAAGGGCGUGGCCAGCCGGCAAAAUCGAACCUUUCACGUGCUGCUAGCCAAAGCUCGGUUGCUGACGUGGCAGAUUCUACGAGGAAGACAAAAUCGGAACCUCCCGAGUCAAGUAGUUUCUCCUCCUCGCCGAGCAUUUUCGAGAUUGCUGAUAUUGCUGCCACGCUUUCCGCUUUAAACGCUUCUCGAGGAUAUUUUCAACCUGAAAAUCUACCUUUGUCUGCUCUGCAAAUGAAUAUUUUGGCGGGUAAUAAGCUGAGUCAGCAGCCAGAAAAUCUCGUCAGUGACGUUAAUUUAAGAAGGACGAACGAGUAUCCGAGGAGGACUUCUUCGACUAGUAAUCUUCUCCAGUUCCAACAUAAUAAUCCUUCUGAUAUUAUUGCAGGCUCGAAUCCCGGAGGUUCAAACGUGCCUGGAUUGAUUUCGAGAAGCUCUGCUCCACCUGGAUUUCACCAAAUCCAAUACUUGCCGAAAGUGCCACAUCAUCAUCCGGCAAACUUUCCGCAUAGUCAUGAUGAUUUACGGGCUUUGGAGAAAGCUUAUCUCGAGGCAUUGCUUCUUCAGAGGAGACAGCAAUACGAGUCGCUCCUUCUACAGACGGCAAAUGCUGCACUUAGCCCACCUGCAGUUGUUUCGAGAGCCACGACGACAUGUCAGAAGGAGAAAAUUACGAAAUCGCCCUCGAGUUCGAAAAAUGUUAAAAAGGGAGAAUCGAGUGGAAGAAGCAGUCCGAAAGGAAGAUUCGAGUAUCUUUUGGAAAUGGUCAAGAACAAUAAGAGCAUAUCUUUGGAGCUCUCGGAUAUUCUUGGUCAUGUUGUCGAGUUCAGUACGGAUCAAUUCGGAAGUCGCUUCAUUCAGCAGAAGUUGGAAAGUGCAACUGUUGAAGAAAAAACAAAGAUACUCACAGAGAUUAUUCCAAGUGCUCGUACCUUAAUGAUCGAUGUCUUCGGAAAUUACUUCUUUGAGCACGGUACUGAAAGCCAACGCAAAGAGUUAGCAGGGCAUUUGAUUGGUCAUGUUUUGCCUCUCACUCUACAAAUGUAUGGCUGCAGAGUUAUACAAAAGGCUUUGGAAGUAGUUGAUACCGAGCUUCAGACUAAGAUUGUAAAAGAGCUCGAUGGAUUUAUCAUAAAAUGUGUUCAUGAUCAAAAUGGUAAUCACGUCAUUCAGAAAUGCAUCGAGCGUGUUCCUCAAGAUCGCAUAAAGUUUAUAAUAACACCGUUUUUGGGACAAAUCGUGACUUUAUCCACGCAUCCUUAUGGAUGUCGUGUAAUUCAGCAUGUUGUGCAGCACGGGAAGCCACACGAGCGUUCUGCAAUAAUCGGGAAGCUCGCUGGUCAGAUUGUGAUGAUGAGUCAGCAGAAGUUCGCGUCUAAUGUUAUCGAGAAGUGUCUGAUUUACGGUGGUCCCGAAGAGCGGCAACUUCUGGUGAACGAAAUGCUUGGCUCGACUGAUGAAAACGAACCAUUGCAGGCUAUGAUGAAAGAUCCUUUUGGGAACUACGUCGUGCAGAAGGUACUCGAGACGUGUGAUGACAAAAGCCGAGAGUUAAUUCUCUCACGAAUCAAAGUUCACUUGACCGCACUCAAGAAGUACACUUACGGCAAACACAUUGUAUCUCGUGUGGAAAAACUUAUUGCAACCGGAGAAAGGCACAUCGGACAAUCUUCCUCAAACUCCUCUUGAAAUAAUCCAAUUGUAUGCAAAGAUCGAAGAACUUCUUUAAAGAAAGGCCGACUCUAUUAUACUUCGCGUGAGGCUUCGAUUCGUUGUAUGUGGCAGUAGUAACAUAGGAUUUUUGCGCUUUGUGAGGAAAUAAUGACACCAAACACAAAGAAAACUUUUUUACAAUCUUUAUCAGGGAUAUAUAUGUUUUAC